AUGUGUUUCCAAUUAAUUACUAAUUCAAUAGAGCAAAGGGGGAAGAGUCUUGGCAUUCAAAUUUCAAGUGGAGGACCGAAGAUUACUCAUUUGCUUUAUUCAGAUGACGCUCUCAUUUUUUCUCAUGCAUCUGUUGAGCUUGCUAAAUCUAUGAAGACCAUUGUGGAGAAAUUCUAUAAAUUGACUGGGCAAAAAAUUAAUGUUAGUAAAUCUAUGUUGCUGUUUGGGAAGGAGGUCGGCUAUCGUAAGAGGAAGAAGAUUGGCAGAACUCUUGGCUUCAAGAUAGUGAAGGAAAUGAAAUGCUUGGGAGUGAAGAUUUCACUUGAAAGAAUUAGAAUGGCUUACUAUCAAGAGAUUCUAGGCAAUGCCAUGGAAAGACUUAAUGCUUGGAAUAGGAAAUCUUUAUCCUUGGGAGGUAAAUUGAUUCUCAUAGAAAGUUCUUUGCUUUCUAUGACAAAUUUUUUAAUUACCCAUUCUUCGGUACCUAAGAGGUUAUUACAUGAUUUGGAAAAAUUGUGUAGAAGCUUUAUUUGGAACAAUAAAGAUGGAACUAAGGGAAUGCAUUAUAUUGCUUGGAGUGAUAUUUGCAAACCCAGGUGUUUGGGAGGAUUGGGAUUGCAUUCUCCUCUACAUAGCAUUGGGUCUUUAAGAUCCAAAGUGACAUGGAAUUAUAUUCAGAAGCCUUAUUCUUUGCUUCACCGUGUUAUGAAGAGUAAGUAUGAUGAUAAUGUGAUGAAGGGAACUCAAAGGAACAUCAGUUCAAAUGCAUGGAAAAUUAUAUUGGAUGGGGGGAAUAAUCUGAUGAUGGCGGUUUGUUGGAAGGUGGGUAGAGGAGAUAAAAUCAAUAUUUUAAAUGACACUUGGUUGCUUGAUAGGUGUAUUAAUCGUUGGCCUACUUUUGUGGAUUGUAAUUUCCUGGAUGGUAUGAAUGUGCAGCAAUUGAUAUUACCUAAAGGCAUGUGGAAUUCUGAAUUGUUACAUAGAGCAUUUCACUCAUACCUUAUUUAUUUAAUUACUCAAGUUCCAAUAGAGCAUGGUGAGGAGGACCAGAUGGAGCUGAUGAGGAUGUGUUCGGGGAAGACUGUGUCUGUCUUGGUAUAUGAACAAAUGUGGCUGAACAAAUGCAAUUUGGAGGAUGUGGAAUACAUCAGCUGGGUGAAGAAUUUGAAGAAGAAUAAGAAAAUUGAAAUUUUCUAG